CUUCGCUGUCUUGUUCUGCAACCUCUGCCUCCAACAUAGCGAGUCUGAACAUUACCAUCGGAUUCUUCCCAAAAUCCAGGAGAUUCUGCCUUUUCCUUCUCCUUGCUUGUCUCCUACAGUCCCCAAAAUUUCCCCCCCUCCUGUGUCCUCUUCACCCCCUUCUUUUGGGGGCCCCGUGACCCUAAAUGUCGGGGGAACACUAUACUCCACUACAUUGGAGACCCUGACUCGCUUCCCAGACUCCAUGCUGGGGGCCAUGUUUAGGGCUGACACCCUUAUGCCAGCCAAUCUCAACCGGCAAGGAGAUGGCCAUUACUUCAUCGACAGAGAUGGCAAGGCUUUCCGGCAUAUCCUCAAUUUCCUGCGCCUGGGCCGUCUGGACCUGCCCCGUGGGUAUGGAGAAACCGCACUUCUUAAGGCAGAGGCUGACUUCUACCAGAUCCGGCCCCUUCUGGAUGCCCUGCGGGAACUGGAAGCUUCUCGGGGUACCCCUGCCCCCAGAGCUGCCCUGCUCCAUGCCGAUGUAGAUGUCAACCCCCGCCUGGUACACUUCUCUGCUCGAAGGGGCCCACACCACUAUGAGCUGAGCUCUGUCCAGGUGGACACCUUCCGAGCCAACCUCUUCUGUACUGACCCUGAGUGUCUGGGUGCCAUGCGCAACCGAUUUGGUGUGGUCAGUGGGGACAGGGCCGAGAGCGGUCCACAUUUUCGUCUAGAGUGGGCUUCCCGCCCCCGGGAACUCCCUGACGUGGAGUAUGAAAGACUGGGACUGCAGCCGCUGUGGACUGGGGGGCCAGAAGAUCGGCGGGAGGUGGUGAACACGCCUGCCUUCCUGGAGGAGGUACUCCGGGUGGCUCUGGAACAUGGCUUCCGCCUGGACUCGGUCUUCCCAGACCCUGAAGACCUACUGAACUCCAGAUCGCUACGCUUUGUCCGCCACUGAGCAUGCUACCUUUCACUUGACUGUGGAGGAAUGCGUCAGCCAAGGGGCUGAUGGCUCUUCCGAAGCCUCUUUCUAGUUCUGGUGUGGGAGCUAUGAGAGUCAGGGAUCCCACCAAACCUGACUGGAGCCUAGGUAUAGGCUGAGAUUCCCAAAUCGAGCUGCCCCGACUCAACUCCCAGAACUUGAGUGGUCCAGAAGGUCUACACCGGGGCUUAUCCUGGGAAAGCAUCCAUGGUUUCUCAAGCCUAUUCUUGCUUGAGGAUGGGCCCUCUGUAUUCAGGGGUGUGGAAAAGUAAGGAAGCACCUCUUUGCCCAGGCUAGACUUAGCAGAACUCUGGAGGUUUGAGCACUAGGUGGAAGGACAUAUUUUGAAUUGUCAAAUGUGGGCUGUCCCCUAGACUGUGGCUUCCCCUCCUGGAGGUGGGCACCUUAUCCUACCAUGACCAUUAAGAGGCCAAGACAUCUGGGAGAUUCUUUACUAUGUCCCAAGCCACCUACUGUGGGAGAUUGAAAAUAGACAUCUUAUCCUAGGUUGACAAAAGGGAGCUAGGAGAACUCCCAUAAGCGUGGGGCUAGAGCACCCUUCUGGAAUUCCGAGUGUUUUAGAGGACUCUCUGUAAGUGGGGCUGGACAUGGGGAAAGAUGGUAGUGUUUUUUGUGCCCUGAACUUCUUUCGUG